UUGGGCGGUAAGGUAUACAAUGUAUACUUGCUUUUCACUUAGGUAUGCACCAAUGCUAUCGCGGCUGGAGGACGUGGAGCAGAAAUUGUGGACGGCGGCGACAGCCAUUAAGCUGCACUUGCGGCUGUUGAAAGGUGAUCGUGAGGCGAUCGGAUGGGCGGAGAUAGCGGCGCUCGCGCUCGUAUGUGGCCGGAUCGAGCAGGUGCAGAGCGAGUUGAGAAACUCGACCACCGAAAUAUUGUCGUUGGCUAGAAAGAGCUUGGCUGGAGGAGACGGUCGAGAAGAAGAAAACGAGCGAGAAUGCGAAGAUGGAGACACCGAGACUGAAGAUGAAGCAGAAGAAAUGGAGAGCGUGAAUGUGGAAACGAGAGGAGGAGACAGUGUUGAUGAAACGUUUGAACGACUGCAUACUGAUGCAGAAGAUAUGCUGAUUGGAGAAGAACAAAGAGAAGAAGAAAGGUACAAAGAGGUCGAAGUGAAGAUGGAACACUCAGAUGUGCCUUCAAGGCUUGAUGAGGAUGCCGAGAGUGAUGUAAAGGCAGAGAGAACGGAGCAGCAGAAUACAAUUGAAGAAGAUGAUGACAGACAAAAGAAUGAUGCAGAGAAUGUGGAAAAUGAGGAGGUGACACUGUGUGAAGAAGAAAAUAUGAUUGAAUCUGGAGUGAAAAUGGAGCAAUUGAGACAGUCGACAGAUGCCAUAGAUGCUAGAAAUGAAUCAGUGUUGUCGAGCUGUGAACAAACGAAACCAAUUCACAAAUUAACAGACGAAGCGAACGAAUCAGUAGAAGAGCAAAUUGCGGAUAAACGGUCGGGUAAUGAACAAAAAGAAGCACAUGAGUGUGCUGCCGAAGCGAAGGGUGUGGAAUGUGGCGCCGAAGUUGCCAUCAGCGGUGAGAAGACUGAAAUACAAGAAGAUAUUCCAGCACAGCAUCAUACUGAGGCUGUUCAGGAAGAGUAUAAGGUCGAAGAAAAUGAGGCACCUGCUACGUCUGUUGCUGCUUCCCAGUUUACAGAAGCACACACAUCUGUGGAUACAGAUAAUGCGAACUGUCACCCAGACGAGGACACAAACAGUGAUGCAAAAAGCCACGAACCUUUGGCAAAGGCCGAUGCAAAAGCAUCCACAAGCGGGUCGAGUAGUUGUGUGGACGAAGCGAAGGCAGCAGUGGGGAUGGAAACUACAAGAGCGGUAGCAACGCUUCCAGUCGCGACUGAUGCGGGAGAACGUGAGAGAACCACUUGCGUGCAGGCACGAAUGGCCAAACUGAAGGUUUGUGAACAGUUUGUGAAGUGGAUCAAUGCUGCUAAGAUUCGCCGUGUGCUUCAGACCGGAACUGCUAGUGUAAAAACAGUCAAAAGCCUCGAAGCCACAGUUACACGUGUGGCAUCAAUUGCCACAAGUAGCAACUCCAACUUAAGCUCCCGAUUGUGGAUCGAGCGAAUGGUAGCAGGUUUGACCCACAUCUUCAAGAUCACCACUAAACCAGAACUCAUCCAAGCUCUCAUUCCAGUACGAAAAAUAUGUUCCCAGCUGCAGCAGUAUUGUACUGCUAAUUUUCUAGAUUAUCUCCAAGAUUUACAAAAUGAUUUAAGACGCAUCGAGUAUUUGCAACAGAAAGGAGAACUUGAUUCGAGCGGAUUAAUUACUUCGGUUCGCUUUCUUCUGGAUCAAUUACGUCAGGACUGCACUAAUUAUUCCACCCAGCACACUGUCGAUGGCUGUAUCUCCCGCACCGAGAAGCAAUGGAAGACCUUGGCGUUGGUGUGUGACCAAAUAGCCACAUGGAUGAAACAAAUUCCUCCAAAUCAGGAGAAAUUGCCUGUCGAUUAUCUAACACUCUCGUUGCAAUCUUUGGGCGCAUUUGAAGCACGGUUUCCGAACAGGAUACCCGUGAAGUUACUGGAGAACAUUGUCUCUAUGGCGCAGAAAACUAAGACCAAUAUUUCAAAUACCAAUGUGGAGAACGAGGCGAAUACUCCGGUAUCGUCUGAUGUUAUUCCCAACACUAAGAAGCGACCUCGUACAGACUCGAACAGCAUCGAGCCAGAGUUUAAGCGACCUGCGGCCAGAGAUCCUUUCGGCCCAGUCAAGUUUAUCGUCGCAAAAUUCGUUGAGGCGGCGUCGAAAGUCAAAGUUUUGGUUUCAAAUGGAAACGAGGCCAUCAACAGUACACAGCAAAUGGGAACCGCUCUGGGUGCUAUGAAGCUAGCUGCGACCUCAGCGAUUAGUGGUGUCACUGAGCUUCUGGAGCAUCCCGACUACCAAGACGACGACAUUGUGACGCGGUUUAGCACUGGAAUGGAGAUCAUGGCGAGUAUUCUUUCUAGUAUUCCUGCACAGGAUUUCAAGUUUGUGUGGUUGGAGCACACCAUGAAUGACUUGAUGUACAUACUGAAUCUUGAUAGCAGCAAAGGUUUGAAAGUGCAGUAUAAGUCGUUGGGUUCGAGCUUUUCGGAGGUGGAAUCGUACCUGGAGGACAAUUUUUUUGAAUGGGAAAGAGAGCCCGUCUCUACUCUUGAUGUGAUGGAGAACCGCGUCCAGCGCUUUCGCAACCGGAAAUUGAAGAAUAUGAUGAGCCCGAUCCAGUCCAUUUCAGGUGGUUUACUUAUUGACAUCAACUACUUUACUGCUCAUAACGUGGAUAAAAAGGUGUUGCGCACUCAAGAGAAUUGGUCCCGCUUCACAGCGGUGGGGAAGGUUCUCGCCGUUUGGAUGUUCCGGGCUCUCAAAUCGAAAGCACGCCUGCCACUGAACUUCUUCAAGAGAUUGUUAGAGCAGCUGCAGGAAUUUGACGCAAAAUUCCCAGACAGAUUGUCUCCCUACUUGUUGAGGAAUACAAAGGCUUUAGCGACGUGGCGGCCAAACCUACAAGGGACCCAGAACCGCCACGUACAUGUCGAGGUGGAAACCAUCAACACUUAGCCAUGGUAUACAGAGUCGGCCAUCCAUCCAAACCUUUAGAAACUACAAGUAGUUUUUAGUCUUCAUUUUUCAGAACUCGCUGUCGUGGAUACCAUACUUUACAUCCCAAUAUUCGAGAGGAAAGAGUGCUAGACCGUAUGAUGGUGAGCAAUCCACGGCCUGAAGGAGAUACUCCCAGUUUUCCACUGACGCAUUCAUGAGUAGUGUAGAUUGGCCAGUCUCAAAAGGAGUAGUGAACUUGGAGGAUGAACCACUCAUGAUGGCAUCGAGAUCGGAGCAGUACGGAGUACCCCCAGCAGCCAGCAGAGGCGUGACCCCUAACAUAUCCUCAACAAGAGGCUCCAUCCAUGACCGAAAGAACGCGAUAUCAGUAUCAGUGACGUCCAAAUAGGCCAAAGCGGUUGAUGGUUCUGCCACAUUUUGCGGAAGUUCGGCGAGAUUCGUGCCUCCGAGUGUUAAAUAGCUCAGUACACCCUCGAAAAGCUCAGAUGGAAGCUGAGUGAUCGGGUUUCCUCUCGCCAUGAGAUACACUGGCCUUAAGUGGGCAAGUGCUGCUGGAAUUUCUGUCAGUUUGUUGUUCUCCAUGUAAAUUCCCGCGCCGCUCGGCCAAUUAGAGUCAAGAUCAUCAGGAAGAGUUUUCAAAUUAGUCUCGCAGAAGUUGAUUUGCCUUAAUCCUGGUGGAAACUCUUGAGACUGCAAGCCAAGUGGAAGCAGACCAUCCGUCAUAUUAACGCGGACCACGGAUAAUACUACCAUUUCGGGGUGAUUUGUGCUACUGAUAGUGCUGUCUGCGCUCCAAUCAACAAUUGUGGAAUUGUAUACUUCGAUCUGCUGCAAACCAUGAAAUUCCACAAAACUUGGGGGAACUUCCAACGCUGAGCAGUGCAGAAUGCGGAGUGUCCACGACGUCCCUUUGUCAAAUUUACUCCACUCGCUUUGAACUUCAUCGAAGCGGCCAGAUAUCCUCAAAGCAUGGCAGUCAAAGUUCACUACAUAACAGGAGGGUAGGAUAUUAGCCAUCGGACGCACUUGUGUUGCGCACUCGUAUAGAGGCUCUUGAAGUGAAGCAUGAACAUGUAAAGCAAGGAGCACAACCCCCCAAGCAGCGUUUGCAAUGUAAACAAAUCUCAAUAACCUUCGUCGACGAUGAACUUGCGGCCCUGCUUCCUUAUAGUAAGAAGUUUGUUGUAACAAUUGACUUCCACUUGCCAUGCAGCU